AUGCUCAAUACACAGUUGAGCGACUUGCCGCGUGGGCUUCGUGAAGAAAUUUGGAGUCUUGGGCUGCUCCCCCAACCUGGUGUAUACAAAUUUGACCCAGAAUGGUUCGUCUUCACACCCGACGGAGAUGGGUGGGAAGAUGAAAGAUGGAUGAUUCCCAAGCGUAAAUACCCCUCAGUCAUGAACGUUUGUCAAGAAUCCCGCUACUGUACCCUCCGCAUCAAAAGUCAAGAGCAAAAGAGAGAGCAAGAAAACGGCAAUGCACCAUACUACUGUGUUGGGGAAAGUGCUCGGCCGUUCAAUCCCGCGAUCGAUACCUUCUGGUUCAGCAAAGAAGCUCUGCUAAGGCAUCACUGGGUUAGUGAUCUUUCGUGCGUGAUUGGCAAUCGUCUUCAUAUCAUCGAGAAUCUGGCAAUCUCUCAAGAGUGCUUCACGCCAACCGUCCUUGCGCCUAGAUUAAAUGUACAGUCUGUAUGGAAUAGCUUCAGAUGGUGCCGGCUACUUCGCUUCAUGAGUUUAAGGCGUGUCGAUGUCAUCUUAGCGGUGGGACGUACGGACGAACAUCAUGAUGAGACCCUGACUGGAAAAUCUCCGAGUAGCCGUGGGAAGGAGCUUCGAAUAGAAAAAUGGACUGCGGGUUCCUCGAUGGAAACGCCACAAGAGGUAGAUACGUUGAUCGAAAAUGUACGGGCCAGUACUGUGGAGGCUUUCCAGGAUUUGUAUGAGAAUAUGCUGGUCGGUAAUGCUGAAGAAGAAAGGUUGUUGCCUUUUCCAGAUGGCUUCAUUGCCAAUUGGCAUGAUGGAUCUAGGAUAAAUUUUCAUGCCUCAAUGGUCCAGGAGACGUCUUUUUGA